AUGCCCAGCAUCGUACAGCUUCACAACAACGCGAUGCAUCCACGGGGUUUUAACGACGAAAUUCCGGUGGAUUUGGAGGGAGGACGGUUGAUCGAUAUGACACAAGAAGAAGAGGUCGAUUCAGCAGACGGAGCGCGUGUGAGCAUAAUGACAUAUCGAAUUGAGACGCCGGAUGGGAGUGAAUUGACGAAAACCGUGAGGAGAAAGAGUAAUUUCGAUUUUGAUCAAGGAAAAUUGCAAUUGAAUAUGAACGAUCCACAGGAUAUGAAAAUCGCGAACGUCUUCAAUCAGACAAAGGAAACAUUCUCCAAUAUGUUAUCAAAGGAGAAAAAUGAUUGGAUUCAAAAGUUUCCGGAGUUAUUUUCAAAGAUGCGAACUCAAUCGCAAUUGAUUCCGUCAACGAUUACGGAGAAGGUGGUGAAUCCGGAUGGAAGUGUGACGACGAGUUCGCAGUGGAGCCGUCAAGAAACAUACAUAAAUGGAGUGAAGCAAAUGUCGAAAAGUCGUUUCCGAGCAUUCGUCGAGUACAAAGGACCCGACGGCGGUUUCAAGGUGAAACUCUCGGAUGAGGGCGAGGAGGAUUUGAGUGAGGAGGAGAACGACGAAGAUGAGCACUCAACCAGCACUCACAGCGGUUCUGAGGACACGGAAUCGGUUUUUUCGAUUUCUUCGCAAAUCCCAGGAAUUAAAGCGAUCAAACCGGCGUCUGUCGGGAAAAAGAAAACCGAUCGGGCUCAAAUGGCCGCCAAGGAGCUGGUGGAUUCCGAGCAGCGAUAUGUUGACAAAUUGAGACUUUUGGAUCAAAUGUUUCGAUUAGAGGUGGAAGCGAUGGAGAAAGCUGGUGACAUCGAGAAAGGAAAAGUGAGUAAACUGUUCUCAAACAUCUCCUCUCUGCACACUUUCCACAACACUCAUCUCCUGCCGCAGUUGAUGGACGCAAAUCGAUCGUGGAAUAAUACGAGAAGAAUCUCGCAUGUGAUGAAAAAGUUGGCACCUUUUUUGAAGAUGUAUUCGGAAUACACAAAUAAUUACAAUGAUUCUGUGAAAGUUUUCGAAGAAUUGCGAGGAAAAAACAAGAAAUUCGCUGAUUUGGUCGCUAAAUUGGAAAGAUUACCCGAAUGCGACAAUUUGCCCCUUUCAUCGCAUUUGAUUUGUCCAGUGCAACGAGUGAUGCGCUAUCAACUAUUGUUACAAGAAUACAAGAAACAUUUGAACAAAAGUGAUGUCGAUUUUGCGGACACCGACGAAGCGUUGGGAUUGGUGUUGAAAGCGGCCGAGCAUGCGAAUGAGACAAUGAGGAAAUUGGAACGUUAUCGAAAAGUGAUCGAGAUGCAAGAGCUGCUGGGAAAUUCGCUUCCAUUGGUGUCCGUUGGAAGGGAAUUCAUUGAGAUGGGUCCAAUACAAAAGAUCAACUCGGGUACGCAUAAACCGGAGGAAAGAUAUCUUUUCUUGUUCAACGAUUUGGUUCUAUUGGGUGUGAAGGGAAUUGUGAGUAAAUAUCGAGUGAGAGCACGAUUUGAGGCACUUCAUACAAGGAUCUGUGAAGGGGACAAUCUCGAACGGGAGCACUCGUUUUAUUUGCGAGGUAGCUACGGGAGUGAACCGCAGAGAUGUGUUGAACUGUUCGCUGACAGUCGAGACGUCAAAGAGAAAUGGAUGCGUAAACUGCAAGAAGUGAUCACAAAAUCUCGAGACAAUUCGGCGUCUUUCAGCAAACAUGGAAGCAAGCUUUUCAAAUCGAAAUGCUCAAAAUGCAAUCGGAAACUCUGCGACAAGUGCCUCGGGCGAUACAAGAGUGACGGGAAAAAGGGGAAAAUCUGUGAAGCUUGUGUAAAGAAUACCUUGAAUUCGGAUACGCUUCGAAACGCGGCGGCGAUGAUGCGCGGUGAUGUGCUUGAUAAGCCGCCAAAGGGUGACGGAGUUUUGCAUGGAUCGGAAGUUCGAUUCAAGGGUUCUCUGGGGAAACCGUUCAAGCGAUAUUUCGCGGUGAGAAACGAUUUCUGUUUGUACUCGUAUGAAUCAGAAAAGCACAAUCGAGCCGUCUCAAUGCUUCCAUUGCCUGGAGCUGAGGUGAAGAUGUGCGGCGAGAAGUUGAGCUUUCAGCUUCGAGUGGGAACAAGACGAUUGUAUACGAUCUCUGUCGAUGAUGAAACAACACAAGCAAAAUGGAUGGCCGUUUUGGAUUUGGCAGCGAAUGCGCAACUCAGCCAAUCAGACACCGAA